AUGCCACUUCCCUUCAUUGUUGUUUGGAUUAUUUGGAAUGCUAGGAACAAGGUGAAGCAUGAGGACAGUGUGUCUCCUUCUGGUUUUGUGGCAGUUAACUGCCAGGCCUAUUUACAUAAGCUGAUUAAUUGGAAGAAGUUCCCUCAGAUAUUGAAGGAUAUGACCAAUAUUGGUCCUAAACACCCUAUGGUUAUUAAGGUUAGAUGGGAGAAGCCUCCUCAUCCUUUCAUUAAAAUUAACACUGAUGGAAAUUUCACAAAUAAGAAAGCUGAUAUUGGAGGUAUUUUCAGAUAUCACACAGGCAAAGUUUUGCUUUAUUUCAAGGCCCCCUGCAUUGUUGAAGUUGUUAUGGAAACAGAAGCUGUUUCUCUUUACUGGGCCUUAAAAUUUGCUAAGGAAGUCAAGUGGAAUUGUAUUAUUGCUGAAGUGGACUCUUCACACCUUGUGGAGCUAGUCACUGCCACCCCCCAGGCACAUAAAUCAGUGGAUUUACAGAAUAAAGAGUGGAUUUAUAGAAUAAAGAAGCUUAUCAUUGAGAUCAAGUUGAAAAUCACUUUUAACUACAGGGAAGCCAACAGGCCUGCCAACUUUUUGGCUUUGGAGGGUUCUUACUUGAGCCAUGCAGUGGUCUCCACUACCCAUCCUAUCCCUCUACAACUGUUAACACAAGGGGACAACCUUCGAAUUCCUUAUCUUAGAAUCCAUAACUGA